AUACCUGGCAACCCUGAAGAGGAGCAUGACUGAGUACGUCGAGUUUAAAGGAGUGUAGGGAGGAACGGUGCAAUACAGAAAUAAAAUAGUUUUGUAGCAUGGACGAAUUAAAACACCAGGUUAUGAUAAACCAGUUUGUUUUGAUAGCUGGAUGUGCAUCAGACCAGGCAAAGCAGCUUCUCCAAGCCGCACACUGGCAGUUUGAGACUGCCCUUAGCUCCUUUUUUCAGGAAGCAAAUAUUCCCUACAGCCAUCAAAUGAUGUGCACACCUGCCAACACCCCAGCAACGCCCCCCAACUUCCCAGAUGCUCUGGCCAUGUUCUCCCAUCUCCGAGCCUCAGAGAGUAUCGGUGCCAGUCCCAUUGCCUCUAUGGCUACCUCACCUCCUCCCUACAUUAACUGGGCUGUUGGACCCUCACCACCCUCCAGCCAGCAGGGGCUCUGGGCAGCUUCUCAGCUUCCUUCUCACACCGCUGUUAGCCAGCAGGCAACCACUGAGCAGCCCAUGGAGGCAGAGAGAUGAGAACAAGCUCCUCUUGGCCCUUAGACAAUGCAGGAUGAGGAACGACGCCAUACAGAGAAGCAUAUGUAAAGUGGAUAAAGCACUGAAAGACUGAGAAACAUGAGUAAUGAAGACUGAGCACGUGUUCUCAUUUAAGAGACAGAACAGAAAACGUCGCUGGGUUGUUGUUGUUUUUUUUUUUUUUUUUUUAUUCCAGUGAUCUCCUGGAUGAAAUGUGUACUCAGAUAUGACCUCAAGGUGCACAAGUGUGUAUGGGUUUAUUAGUUUAUCUCUCAUCACUCACAGAGGAGCUUAGUCAUCAAACAGUCGUCCCCUCCCCCAACCUGGCAGUGUUUGCACUGAAACGUCUAUCAUUUUAAUGUACUUUGGCCUUUAUAAUUGAAAACAGUGUCUGUCGGUUGGAACGGUGAAAUUGGGCUUGAUGAUGAUGAUGAUACACCAGGAAAGAAAACUGUACAAGAAUUGCUAAAAUGAUCAGCAAAUUUCAAAUAUUUUGGUCAAUAUAUGGAUAUUGCAAUUAUUCACUGUUAUAUAUUAUCAUUUUAAAUAAAAAAAGGUGUUUCUUUUGCACCACAGCAAA